AUGAGGGUUACAUAUCUGUCAGAUCAGAUGACAUUGUUGUGCAUGCACGCACAUGCUUUGGUGUCACAAGAUCACUCUGCUGUAAGUACAGAGCAACUUGAAGAUAAUUUCAAGGCAGUUGAUAACUUACAGCAAUUAAAGUUUGCAUCAGAGACCCGUGACAGAAAUGUGCAGACAGAAUAUCGUGAUACGGCUGCCCAGACCAAUCCAUGGGCACCUCCAUAUUUCACUAGUGGUGAAGGCUCAACUCCAGAAAUACUUACAUUAGCAAUGCUUUCCUGGGAAAAUGGACUCCCUGCUGGAAUGCAUGAAGUAGAAAUAAUUGAACGAUUACGCAUCAAAAGAGCAUGGGAAAAAGUACUACCUCCAAUGGACAAUCCUGAAAAUAUUCAAAAAAGAAAGGAUAUUCUAGAAGCUAUUGAACGAGAUGAAUGGUCCUUCAGGGAGAAGGAAAUAGAGACAAUUCACCAAAUGCGUCUCGACUUAGCAAAACACCAUCUCGAUGAAGUUCAGAAAAUUUUGUCCACUAAAAUGGCUGACAGAUUAGAGAGACUUAGAAGAUUAAAGGAAAAGGAGAAGGAAAUUAAGACAACCAAAAUAAAUAUUGAAACAAACAGAGCUCUUCGAAAACUGACGAACAAACAUAAGGGAGUGAGCAUGAGGUACCGUAAACCAAAUGUCAUAGAUGAGUAUACUGAUAAGACAUCUGAAUUUUAUGGGCCCCUUAUGAGACAUGGAGAAAACCCAAAGAGAAGACAUGAAGUAAUAACCAUACAGAGUAAUUUUCUAUCACAAAUGAAAGGACUUGAAAUCCUUGAAAAAAUGCCUAAAUGGAUUCCUACAUAUGAUUUUAUCAAAGCUACAGCUUUAAAACGGAAACGUCGUGAAUUAUGCAUUCAUGAAACAAGAUGGACUGAUGAAGUUCUUGCAAAGUUGUAUAAGGAUUUAAAAGCUAUCUGUAGGAAAACUGAAGACAAUUGCAAUGGAAGGACAAUGAAGACAGCACAACAGAAUGACAAGUCUGGUGUUGAGGAGGAAGAAAAGAAAAUAUUGUAUGCUGAUGACAUGACAAUACUAAAUAGUGACCAAAAUAUGGAACAGCUUGAGAGAAGAGCAUACAUAUUUGCAAAUGUCACAGCUCAAUGGCUGUUGGAAAAUGAACUGGUUAUAAAUCUAAAAAAGACUAUGUAUGCAGUGUUUAAAAACAAGGAAAAGGCUGUAGACAUGGAUUUAGAGGUUGACGGAACAAGGCUGGAAGAAGUAGAAUCUGCUAGAUUCUUAGGUAUUCUUGUGGAUAAUGAACUGAAAUGGAAAAAACAUAUUAAUAAUGUCUCAAUACGAAUGGAUCUUGAGAAAAGAAGUGGAUCUGUUACUCUGCAUUUAGUCAAAAAAAUUCAUCAUCAGAAGCCAUUAAGUGUGAGUGGGAGCAUUGAAGGUAUUCGUGACUCAGAGGAGAACACAUAUCAGGCUGCAACAUUUCUUCAGGCAGUAAUCAAAGGGAGAGCUAUUCAGGCAAUGAUGAGUGAAGGUCGUGAAAAAUGUCAGGACCUGAUUGAGGAUUACAAACGUACAAAAUCAUUGGAUGACUCUGACAUAUCAGUUAUAACAGACAGACUUGAAACAAGAAUGUUGCAGCGAGAACUAGCUGUUGAAAGAGAUCAGGAUAGUAACUGGCUGGCCAUGUGUAACUACUUAGAUGGACUGUCCUUGAGUGGCAUACUAAACUUCUUAUUAAAAGAGAUGACAAGACUGCAGGAUGAGCGUCGAGCACAUGCAUUUGCUUUACUUGCAGAACGUGAAAGAACUUUAAGAGAAUGUGUAGAAGCCGAACGCCGACAAGCUGAAGAAAGAAGGCGUAGAGAACAUGAUGAAGUUUUUAAACAGCUGAUGAAAGUAAGCCAAGAUACAGUGGACACGUAUUUGGAGGACAUUAUAUUGGAAUCAAUGGAUUGGAUGCCAAAAUCACAAGCUCGAGAAUACAUCAAGGAAGUUGCCAAGAAAAUUGAUCGAGCAGCUGAAGAAGCACAUGUUAGAAAUGACAUUCUUGAGCAAGAGGAGCUUGUAAGCUCCCUCAUCCAUACGUUUGUAAUACCAGAAGCAGAAAAAAUACAAGCUCGGAAGCAAAUAAGACUACAGCAAGAGAAAUAUCUGAGAGUUGCUCAUGCUGCUAUUUAUGGUUCUGAUGAUACUGCAGAUGAAGAGGAAAUGGAGGGAGUAAAAUCAGUGUCAGUAACAAAACUGGAAGAAAGCACAGAGAACACAAAAGAGGUCAAGACAGAAGAAGACGGGACAGUUCUACAGGACAACUGUGAACACUGUGAUACAACUGAUUAA